AUGGCGGGCGCCAGGCCCGGAGUCCACGCGCUGCAGCUGGAGCCGUCCACCGUGGUGGAGACCCUACGGCGCGGGAGUAAGUUCAUCAAAUGGGACGAGGAGGCCUCUAGUCGGAACCUGGUGACCUUGCGUGUGGACCCCAAUGGCUUCUUCUUGUACUGGACAGGACCCAACAUGGAGGUGGACACACUGGACAUUAGCUCCAUCAGGGACACACGGACAGGUCGCUACGCCCGCCUGCCCAAGGACCCCAAGAUCCGGGAGGUGCUAGGCUUCGGGGGCCCUGAUGCCCGGUUGGAGGAGAAGCUGAUAACGGUGGUGGCUGGGCCAGACUCGGUGAACACGACCUUCUUGAAUUUCAUGGCCGUGCAGGAUGACACAGCUAAGGUCUGGUGCGAAGAGCUGUUCAAACUGGCUAUGAACAUCCUGGCCCAGAAUGCCUCCCGGAACACCUUUCUACGCAAAGCCUACACGAAGCUAAAGCUGCAGGUGAACCAGGACGGGCGGAUCCCAGUCAAGAACAUCCUGAAGAUGUUCUCAGCAGACAAGAAGCGGGUGGAGACUGCGCUGGAAUCCUGCGGCCUCAAUUUCAACCGGAGCGAGUCCAUCCGGCCUGACGAGUUUUCCUUGGACAUCUUUGAGCGGUUCCUGAACAAGCUGUGUCUGCGGCCAGACAUCGACAAGAUCCUGCUGGAGAUCGGCGCCAAGGGGAAGCCGUACCUGACUCUGGAGCAGCUCAUGGACUUCAUCAACCAGAAGCAGCGAGACCCGAGACUCAACGAGGUGCUGUACCCGCCGCUGCGGCCCUCGCAGGCCCGGCUGCUCAUUGAGAAGUAUGAGCCCAACCAGCAGUUCCUGGAGCGAGACCAGAUGUCCAUGGAGGGCUUCAGCCGCUACCUGGGAGGUGAGGAGAAUGGCAUCCUGCCCCUGGAGGCCCUGGACCUGAGCAUGGACAUGACCCAGCCCUUGAGUUCCUACUUCAUCAACUCCUCACAUAACACCUAUCUCACCGCGGGGCAGCUGGCCGGGACCUCGUCGGUGGAGAUGUACCGACAGGCGUUGCUGUGGGGGUGCCGCUGCGUGGAGCUGGACGUGUGGAAGGGCCGGCCGCCCGAGGAGGAGCCCUUCAUCACGCACGGCUUCACCAUGACCACGGAGGUGCCGCUGCGCGACGUGCUCGAGGCCAUCGCCGAAACCGCCUUCAAGACCUCUCCAUACCCCGUCAUCCUCUCCUUUGAGAACCAUGUGGACUCGGCGAAGCAGCAGGCCAAGAUGGCUGAGUACUGCCGCUCCAUCUUUGGGGACGCGCUGCUCAUUGACCCGCUGGACAAGUACCCGCUGGCCCCAGGUGUCCCCCUGCCCAGUCCCCAGGACCUGAUGGGCCGCAUCCUGGUGAAGAACAAGAAGCGUCACCGGCCCAGCACCGGCGUCCCUGACAGCUCUGUGCGUAAGCGGCCGCUGGAACAGAGCAACUCGGUGCUGAGCGAGAGCUCGGCUGCCACGGAGCCCUCCUCGCCCCAGCUUGGGUCUCCCAGCUCUGACAGCUGUCCAGGCCUGAGCAAUGGGGAGGAGGCAGGGCCUGAGAAGCCCAGCUUGGAGCCUCAGAAGUCUCUGGGUGAGGAGGGCCUGCGCCGGGGUCCUGACACUUUUGGGCCUGCUGACCGUGAUUAUGAGGAGGAAGAUGAGGAAGAGGAGGAGCAGACAGACCCCAAAAAGCCGACCACAGAUGAGGGCACUGCCAGCAGUGAGGCCAAUGCCACUGAGGAAAUGUCAACGUUGGUCAACUACAUCGAGCCUGUCAAGUUCAAGUCCUUUGAGGCUGCUCGGAAGAGGAAUAAGUGCUUUGAGAUGUCAUCCUUUGUGGAGACCAAGGGCCUGGAGCAACUGACAAAAAGUCCCAUGGAGUUUGUGGAAUACAACAAACAGCAGCUCAGCCGGAUCUACCCCAAGGGCACCCGCGUGGACUCAUCCAACUACAUGCCCCAGCUCUUCUGGAACGUGGGCUGCCAGCUUGUGGCACUCAACUUCCAGACCCUGGAUGUGCCAAUGCAGCUCAACGCAGGCGUGUUUGAAUACAAUGGACGUAGUGGCUACCUGCUCAAGCCCGAGUUCAUGCGGCGGCCAGACAAGUCCUUUGACCCUUUCACCGAGGUCAUCGUGGAUGGCAUCGUGGCCAACGCCUUGAGAGUCAAGGUGAUCUCGGGGCAGUUCCUGUCUGACAGGAAGGUGGGCAUCUACGUGGAGGUGGACAUGUUUGGCCUGCCCGUGGACACACGGCGCAAGUACCGCACGCGGACCUCGCAGGGGAACUCGUUCAACCCCGUGUGGGAUGAGGAGCCCUUCGACUUCCCCAAGGUGGUGCUGCCCACGCUGGCUUCACUCCGCAUUGCGGCCUUUGAGGAAGGUGGCAAAUUCGUGGGCCACCGGAUCCUGCCUGUCUCCGCCAUCCGCUCAGGGUACCACUAUGUCUGCCUGAGGAACGAGGCCAACCAGCCGCUGUGCCUGCCGGCCCUGCUUGUCUACACUGAGGCCUCUGACUACAUCCCCGAUGACCACCAGGACUACGCUGAGGCCCUGAUCAACCCCAUCAAGCAUGUCAGCCUGAUGGACCAAAGGGCCAAGCAGCUGGCUGCUCUCAUUGGGGAGAGUGAGGCCCAGGCUGGCCCUGAGACAAGCCAAGAGCUCCAGUGUCAGCAGCUAGGAGCCCAGCUGUCCCCGGACACCACACCCAGCUCGCUGGACACACCCUCCCCGCGCCGGCCCCCAGGCCCCGUCACCUCCCCCACCAGCCCUUCCCUCAGCAGCCCAGGCCAGCGGGAUGAUCUCAUCACCAGCAUCCUCUCAGAGGUGGCCCCGACCCCGCUGGAGGAGCUCCGAGGCCACAAGGCGCUGGUGAAGCUGCGCAGCCGGCAGGAGCGCGACCUGCGGGAGCUGCUCAAGAAGCACCAGCGGAAGUUGCUGGCCUACUCCCGCCGCUCGCUGAACAGCUUGGCCCAGGCCCGGCCCGAGGGCCGGCGCCGCCUGUGAGUGCCCCGCCCGCCCGAGUGCGUAGGGGGGACUGCUGGAGAGGAUGACGAGGGAGUCGAGGUACUGAAAAGGUACCAGGAGUUCGAGGAGAGGCAGAUACAGAGUCUGCUGGAACUGAGGGAGGCCCAGUUCAACACGGAGUAUGAGCGGAAGCUGGAACACCUGAAGCAGGCUCAGCAACGGCUCAGGGAGGUCGUCCUGGACACACACACGACUCAACUCAAGAGGCUGAAGGAGCUGAAUGAGAGAGAGAAGAAGGAACUGCAGAAGAUCCUGGACCGGAAGCGCCACAACAGCAUCUCGGAAGCCAAGACGAGGGAGAAAUACAAGAAGGAGGCGGAACUGACGGAGAUUAACCGGCGACACAUCACGGAGUCGGUCAACUCCAUCCGCCGGCUGGAGGAGGCUCAGAAGCAACGGCAUGAAUGCUUGGUGGCUGGGCAACAACAGGUCCUACAGCAGCUGGUGGAAGAGGGGAUCAAGCUGCUGGGCCAGGUGGCCCAGGAAUGUCAAGAGCAGCGGGCAAGGCUGCCCCAGGAGAUCCGCUGGAGCCUGCUGGGCAAGACAGCCGAGGAGCUGGGGGACGGGCACCUGGUGGCCUGUGCCAGCAAUGGGCACGCACCCGGGAGCGGCAGCCAUCCGUCCAGCGCUAACGUGGAUAACCAGGAGGAGAAUACGAAGCUCUGA